AACCUAAAAAAUAGUCCAACGGCAAUAUCUGUGAAAAAACUUUCAAUGUUCCUAUAAAAUUUAAUAUCAUUGCUCGUUACAACCUUAUUUCGAUUCGCAUGAGAGAGAGAGAGAGUGAAACUGAUACUUGAGAUUAAAAGUGAGAUUCUAUUACAUAAACUGGUCGAGAGAGAGAUGGGAAAGAGCAAAAUAUUGGUAAUUGGGGCGACGGGAAAUCUGGGUUACCAUUUAGCAGAAGCAAGCAUUAAGUUUUGUCACCCAACAUUUGCUCUUGUUAGAGACUCUGCUUUCUCUGACCCAAGCAAAGCCCAAAAGCUUCACUCCCUUUCUCAUGCGGGAGCUACGCUUCUCAAAGGUUCACUCGAAGAUGAGGCCAGCUUAUUUGAGGCUGUGAAGUUAGUAGAUGUGGUCAUUUGUGCCGUUUCAGCUAAACAAACUCUACAGCAAAGGCUUCUUAUUCGGGUUAUCAAAGAAGCUGGCUCAAUCAAGAGGUUUAUCCCAUCUGAAUUUGGAUCAGAUCCUACCAGGGUUCGAGUAUCUGAACUUGAUGAUGGCUAUAAUUUCUAUGCACCCAAAGUUGAAAUUCGGCGACUUGUGGAGGCAGAAGGCAUUCCAUACACUUACAUCUCCUGCAAUUUCUUUAUGAAGAUUUUGCUUCCUUCUCUUGUUCAGCCCGGCUUAGAUGCUCCACCUAGAGACAAAGUCACCAUAUUUGGUGAUGGCAAUACAAAAGGUGUCUUUAUGAAGGAAAGUGAUGUUGCUGCCUUCACUAUCAAUGCAGUUGAUGAUCCUCGUACUUUAAAUAAAGUGUUGUACUUGAGACCCCCAGGAAACGUCUGUUCUUUGAAUGAAUUGGUUGAGAUGUGGGAGACCAAGAUUGGCAAGAACCUUGAGAAAUUGCAUAUUUCAGAAGAAGGGCUGCUUGUGAAAAUCAAAGGAACUUCUUUCCCUGCCAACUUUGAGAUGUUGUUUAUAUAUUCUGCUUUUAUAAGGGGAGAUCACACAUACUUCGAUAUUGAGUCAUCCUCUGGUGUUAAUGGCACAGAACUGUAUCCGCAUCUGAAAUAUACCACUGUCAGUGAAUUCUUAGACACACUAGUUUAGGCUUUGUUUAGGAUUGGGAAUGUUGGGAAAGUGUGCAGUUCACAUAUUUUUAUGUUGAAAAUAUCCAUUCUUUCCAAGUUUUGUUUGUUUGAUAUUUCUAAACACAACUUUAGAUAACUGUGUUGAAUAAAUUAAUAAUGCAAUGCACUUAACAAUAAUGACACCAAUGUCGUUUUACAUUAUUAAAUAGGCUAUACUUUUUUAUUAUUAUUCCUGUUCUUCUAAACCCUAAACUCGAGAAGAUGGAG